AUGAUCGGAGUUAUAUUCGUGGCUGAGAGUUUACCAACGUUUGGACCGUUGCUAAAUCUUGUCGGUGGUUCAACUUUAACGUUAACAUCGAUCAUCUUCCCAGCGCUUUUUUAUAUCUUCCUCAAAUUGGGCGAAGAAAAAUCACUGCAACAGAAGGGUGGCGUUCAAGAUCCCGACAAACCACCAUCUUUAUAUGAAGUUCUCACUGAAUCACCCAAGCUUCGUUUGGCUAUCUGCGGAUUGGUUGUCGGUAAGUUUUCUUUAUCGCAAAAAUUAUCACAAUCACAAGCUUAA